AAAAGAUAAGAAAAAUCGAACUUGUAAUCGAUGUGGACAUACAUGUGCAACACCACAAAUGCUUAGAGUUCAUCUUAAUCGAAAAAAUCCAUGUCGACCCCAAAUUAUUCUUACUACAAAUCCAAUUCCAAUUUCACAAAUUGAACCAGUAGCAGAAGAAUUUAAGUUUCUCAAAACAUUAAAUCUAAUAGAAAAAGAUGCAGUAUUAGAUACUAGUAUUCACUUUAUUCAAAUUAGAGUUAGCGAUCCAGAAAGACCUCAUGAUAAUUUAAAUUUAUUAAGUAAUUGGAAAGCCAUAGUUCCAUCUAUAAAAAAUCUGAGAUAUGCAUUUAUUAAACCAAUAUCUAACCAUAAAGAAUAUAACGAAACACCAUAUAUGCCUCAAUUAUUAGCAAAUGCUAGAGAUAAAAUUACAAGAGUUUUUAAAAUCGAGCUUAAUAAAAAGGAGCAUAUAAAGUUAGCAUUAGUUGCCCUUUGCUAUUAUGAAAAACCAGCUUUAGAAAUAAAUAAAGACAUUGAGGAAAUGUUAAGAAGAGGAUCAAAUUGGCAAUUAAAGCUUGCCAAUACUAAAUGUAUUAUUAAUCCAGAUAACUCUCAAACAGGUGAUGACAUGUGUUUAAAAUAUGCUUUAG